AGGAAUGCGCCGCUAAUGAGAAAACGGACCGUCGCCGAGCACGCAAGAGCAGACGGCAAAAAGGAGAGAGGAGGAAAAAACGGAUAAAUGAUCUAAACCGUAAAAAAAAUAGUAGAAAGGGGUGGUGGAUAACGACGAAAAUCGUCACAUAUAUUCACUGGAAGGAUUACAAUUGCCCGAUAGUGGUGAAUAAAAUCCAACGGGGUUUUUUGAUGCUGUCCUCACGGAGAAUUGAGCUAACGGGCUUGCUGGUCUUCUGAACGAUGCAUAGGCUUCUGCUCCUGAGUUUGGCGUUGAGUUUUCACCGUGUGUGGACAGCGCGUUUCUCCCAGGAGCCAGCGGACCAGUCGGUUGUGCGGGGCCAGAGGGUGAUUCUGUCCUGUGUUGUGUUUAACUACUCAGGCAUUGUGCAGUGGACCAAGGAUGGACUGGCCCUGGGCAUCGGAGAGGACCUCAGGGCCUGGCCGAGGUACCGUGUGAUGCGGGUGCAGGAGCUGGGCCAGUAUAACCUGGAGAUCAUCUCAGCUGAGCUGUCUGAUGACUCCCUGUACGAGUGUCAGGCCCCAGACGCUGCGUUACGUUCUAGAAGAGCCAAACUCACUGUCUCAGUAAGAUACAGCAAAUUCCCUCCAGAUGACCCAGUGAUCGACGGGGCCCCUGAGGUGCUGUUGAAUGCAGGCGACCACUAUAACCUGAGUUGUGUGGCCCGUGGGGCCAAGCCCCCUGCCAUGAUAGAGUGGCAGAAAGAUGGGAUCCCUGUAGAUGGAGCAGUCAGCACCACCGAGGUGCUCCCAGACAGGAAGAGGGUGACGACCCACAGCUUCCUGCCCAUCCACCCAGUGGACACAGACACAGGGAGGAACUACAGCUGUGUGGCCAGCAACCUGGCUAUCCCCACUGGGAAACACACCACCGUCACCCUCAACGUACACCACCCCCCCAUGGUGACCCUGUCCAUCGAGCCUCGCUCCGUCUUAGAGGGGGACAGAGUCACCUUCACCUGCGCCGCCUCCGCCAACCCUCCUAUCAUGGGAUACAUGUGGGCUAAGGGUGGAGUGAUCCUGCAGGGGGCCAGAGAGAGUGUGUUCACCACCAAGGCGGACCACUCCUUCUUCACAGAGCCUGUGUCCUGCUCAGUGUUCAACGCUGUGGGUAAAACCAACGUCAGCAUCCUGGUCGAUGUACACUUUGGUCCUAUCCUGGUAGUGGAGCCUAGGCCAGUGACCGUGGACAUAGACUCUGAUGUCACUCUGAACUGCAAAUGGGCUGGCAACCCUCCUCUCACCCUCACCUGGACCAAGAAGGGCUCCAACAUGGUUCUUAGUAAUAACAACCAGCUGUUCCUGAAGUCAGUGAGCCAGGCGGACGCUGGGCAGUACGUGUGUAAGGCCAUCGUCCCCAGGAUCGGAGUGGGAGAGACAGAGGUCACUCUCACUGUCAACGGUCCCCCCAUCAUCUCCAGUGAGCCUGUUCAGUAUGCAGUGAGGGGGGAGAGAGGAGAGGUCAAGUGCUACAUCGCCAGCACACCUCCACCGGACAAGAUUGUGUGGGCAUGGAAGGAGAACGUAUGGGAGAAGGAGAAGGGGACUCUGUUGGAGAGGUACACGGUGGAGCAGAGUAAACCUCUGUCUGAGGGAGGGGCUGUCCUCUCCACCCUCACCAUCAACAACGUCAUGGAGGCCGACUUCUUGUCCACCUACAACUGUACCGCCUGGAACUCCUUCGGACCCGGGACCAUGAUCAUCACCCUGGAAGAGACCGAGGAGGUACCAGUGGGUAUAAUAGCAGGAGGGACUGUUGGCUGCACCAUCCUGCUAUUCCUGUGUUUACUAGUCCUGGUGCUCAUCUUCUACCGACAGCGCAAAGGCAGUCGUCGUGGGGUCACGCUGGGUAAGCCAGACAUCAAGGUAGAGACAAUAAACAAGGAGACCCACAGUCUGGAGGAGGACUCCGGCAGCGUUUCCACGGCAUCACGCAUGGUCAAGGCCAUGUACUCGCCCUUUAAAGACGAUAUAGAACUCAAGCAGGACCUGCGUAGCGAUACGCUAGACACUCGCCAGGAGUACGACCUGAAGGACCCCACCAACGGCUACUACAACGUGCGAGCCUCCACCCUUGAUGAGGGUCGCCCCGCCUCCCGCUCCAUGCACUACUCUGACUACCGGCCCUCCAACACCCCAGGGGGAGCUGCCUCUGUCAGCAGCAGUGCUGGAGGAUCAGGGGCCACGGCCAGCGGAGGAGGCCCUCCAGGCCCAGGGCCCCUCUCCACCCCCGGUCGCCCCAGUUGCUACGACCCCCGGCCCCCUUCCAGACUCUCCCACAACAGCUACGCCCAGUUCAACACCUUCACCCGGGCUGGGCAGAGCCAGCAGCCCCCUCCCAACCCCCCGCCGCAGACCAGCGACUUCCCUGGGGACUGCAGCCUGUUGGACUCCCCUCAGCUGGCCUACGACAACUACGGCUAUCCCUCUCACCCCUAUACCCCCUACCGCAUGGGCUUUGCCCCGCCCAGUCUGGCUCCAUUGGAAACCGGGCCUUCCUAUGAGAUGUACGGGGUGGGGUCGGGGGUGGGGCCUGUGCCAGGGGUGGGGCCUGGUGCGGGGGUGGGGCCGGGGGCGACUCCAUCAGGGUCAGAGACUGGACUGGGGAAGUAUGGAAGCUCCACCCGCUUCUCCUAUACCUCGCAGCACUCUGACUACGGCCACAGAGGACACACACAGAGGAUGCAGACACAUGUGUGAGAUGGAUAGCUGACAUGGUCACAUAGACGGUGAGGGUGCAUUCUCAUACACACUGUCACUCAGACGCACACAGAGGCCGCACACACACGCAUUCACAUUCUCAAACAUACGCACAUAUACUGUACACAUGUGAGCAUACACACGCAGAUAUACACACACACACAGACACACACACAGAGGAGUUAGAAUUUCCCCACGAGACAGGGAGGGUGUGAGAAAGAGAGAGUCCAGAUCAGUGGAUAACGAGUGAAUUCCUGGUAAUCUAUAGAAUUCCCACACUCCCAGUGUUCAAAUCUUCGCUCUGAAAGAGCAGAAAGCGAAAGUCCAAUCAAGACCAGAGAAGACGGGACUAGAGAGAACAAAAGAUCUUUAGAUGUUAAUUAUCGAAAUAAAUAGCAUAUGUGCUAUGAAUUUAGAUUGUAAUGAAUGACGAGAGUGAGCGUUACAGGCAAUUUAUUCCAUAUUCGAUUGCCAAAUAUUACAGUAAGGCAUAUCAUGGAGAAAUUGACCGUCAAAUAUGGUACUCGUUCGUUGGGCGGGAGAAACCUCAACCAGUGGAGGGUCAUGACUGGCUGCCAUUUUGUUUUAGCUGGUUGUUGUUUUAUACAGUGAUUUUAGAGCACAUAUAUCCCACAUUGCUCCACUUCAUUGGCGCCAUUGGUGCUGGUUAGUGGGGUCAUCGUACGUUUUGCACUGCAUUACAAACAGUAUUCAUUGCUUAGAAAUCCAUCAUCUACAUAUAUCUGUAUUAUAUGAGUCUGUUUUUAUUUGCACACCAACAAACUAGAGCUUUCUAUUCUAUUUUUUAACAUUUUACAGAAUUAUUUUGGUCAUAUUUCUGUGAAGGAAGUGUCUGUGGACCAAGAUGUUCAAACUUGAGAGUGUUUAGUCUUUGUUUGGGUGAUAUUCACCUCAACAAACAAAGAGAAACAUGAAGAAGUAUUUGAGUACCUGUUUUUGUCAGCCAUGAUGACUG